AUGGACAGCCUCUCACAAACAUUCGUGCCGUCUGUACACUUCGAUGACAAGGAGGGAGCGCAGGAGGAUAACUGUGUAUUCACCAUACCAAGUGAAGAUAGAACAGCUGCUCAGAAGAUCACUAGGAAAACUAUGGAGAACGGCAGCGGUUAUGAUAGAGGUCGAAGAGGGAGUACUUACAUUCAAGUGCGCAUGCCCAGUCGCCCAGACAGACCUCAUAUUGAUACAGAGGACCCGACAGACGACACAAAAGAAGACUACGACCCUACAGAUCGGGUUCAAACCUUGCUGAAUUCCGUAAAGGACAAAGCUCAUAAAACCCAUAAUAUCUUCAGUGAAUUAGAUAUACUCCGAAAGUAUAACGAUGAUUACGAGUGGAGAGAAGCUGCUAGAUGGGUUAAAUACGAGGAGAAUGUUGAAGAGGGCGGUAAACGCUGGUCCAAGCCCCACGUAGCCUCGCUCUCAAUGAAAUCUCUAUUUGACCUAAGAGGAGCUAUAUCAGAGGGAGCUGUCAUUUUGGAUUUAGACUCCUACAGCAUCUCAGAGAUCGUAGAUACCGUUCUCGAUUGUUGGAUUGAUGCGGGACAUCUCGACGGCAAGAUGCGUGUUCAUGUGAGAAAUGUUUCUCUCAAAGAACACAAGCAUCGCCACACAAAGAGACCUAAACACAGAGGUUCCGUAUCCAAAAACCUCGGCGAGAUUGGUGAUGAUCCAGAAUACGGGGGUAGCGCUGCCUAUCUGAACAGUGGUGCGAGUUUCGCCAGCAUAGACAGUGUUAGCGGAAUUCCCACCUCAAACAGCGCCACAGAUAUCCAAACAGAGGGAGAUAACUCGGGCUCAUCAAAUUAUAAGCCAAACAUUAACUUCAUGCGUAAGAUCCCGAAGGACGCAGAGGUUGCUAGUGUGAUGGUGGGCGAGAUUGAUGAUCUCGACAGUCGAAUCGUCGCCUUUGUGAGACUCAAGGAGCCACGGAACCUUGGAGAUCUGUGCGAGAUCGCUAAACCUGUCCGGUUUCUGUUUUUCUGCUUCGGACCAAAGGGUAGUGAGACGGACAGUACGGAGAUGGGUCGAUGCAUCUCCACCAUGCUUGUUGAUGAUAUUUUCCGAGAGGUUGCCUACAAGUGCCGUGAUGACGAAGACUUUAAGGCUGGUAUCGAUGAAUUCAUGAACCAGGUUACAGUGCUGCCACCUGGCGAGUGGGAUCCAAAGAUCAGAAUUGAACCACCGAACAAGGUCCCUUCGCAGGAGUUCCGGCGUGCCUCCGUCCACAACGUGUUGGGUGGUUCCAUUGAUCAGAAGAGCGAGUCGGCAGAAGAUGAUCAUGGCGGCCAUGAUGACCCUGCCUUAGAACUAUCUAAAAUACCGUUUAAGGGCCUGGUGGACGACAUCAAAAGGAAGAUUCCUUGGUACUGGAGUGACUACAAGGACGCCAUCCACAUCCAGUGUCUAGCCUCAUUUGUUUACGUGUUUCUAGGAACGUUGACACCAAAUGUCACAUUUGGAGGUCUCUUAGGAGAAGCCACAGAUCAGUAUAUGGGUGUGAUGGAGUGUAUAUUCGCCGCCGCUGUGACGGGAAUAAUUUUUGCCUUAUUUGGAGGUCAACCUCUCAACAUACUUGGCAGUACUGGUCCGAUGCUGGUGCUGGAGUCCAUCAUCUACAACCUCUGCAAGGACAACGACUGGGAGUUUUUGCCAGUGCGGUUCUGGGUAGGAAUGUGGACAGUAUUUAUCAUAAUGGUGAUUGUGACCUUUAACCUUAGCGCUUGGGUAAAAUAUAUAACUCGAUUCACUGAAGACAGUUUCGCAACACUAAUUGCGAUCAUCUUCAUCGUAGAGGCUUUCAAAAAGGUAGGAGACAUCGGCAAAGAAAACCCAGUUAAUCUCAAUCCACAUGAACCCAUUCCAACCGACUGCGCAUGUAUUCCACGCAACUGUACCGGAAACUGGGUAGCGAAUAAUACCACAAACAUGACGACAACAACUUUAGGGUACACGUGCGAUGACGUGUCAAAUUUUACCGACUCCAUGUGGGGAACUAUGACGAUCACUGCGUGUCAAGCGUAUGGUGGAACUCCUGUUGGAGCCGGAUGCAACCCUCCUCACUAUGUAGCAGAUGUGUUUUUCUUCUCUAUCCUCCUGUUUAUCGGGACCUUCAGUACCGCUGUCGCUCUGGUGGAGUUUAAAAGUAGUACGCUUUUCCCGUCUGUGGUCCGCCAGAGGAUGAGCGACUUCGCGGUGCUGAUCGCCAUCAUAAUAAUGGUUCUACUGGACUACUUCAUCGGUCUGGACACACCGAAACUGACCGUCCCUGACGAGUUCAAGCCUACCAGGCCCGGACGUGGGUGGGUGGUGAACCCCUUUAGUGAGAGAAAUCCCUGGUGGUUGUACAUCGCCACAGUGGUUCCUGCUAUUCUGUCUACCAUCCUUAUCUUCCUCGACCAGCAGAUCACUGCCGUCAUUGUCAACAGGAAAGAGAAUAAACUGAAGAAAGGUGUGGGGUACCAUCUGGACAUGUUUGUGGUGGCCAUAGUAGUGGGUAUCCACUCUGUCCUUGGGUUGCCGUGGUACGUGGCCGCUACCGUCUCUGCUCUCGCCCACAUCAACAGUCUCAAGAAAGAGUCCGAAUGUACCGCACCCGGAGAGAAACCCAUGUUCCUUGGCAUCAGGGAGCAGAGAAUGACUGCCUUGUUUAUCGGUAUCCUUAGCGGCCUGGCCGUCCUCAUUACUCCCGUCCUAAAGAUGAUUCCUAUGCCCGUGCUGUAUGGUGUCUUCCUGUACAUGGGUUUUUCUGCUCUCAGAGGCAUGCAGUUCGUGGACAGGCUGUUCCUGUUCUUCCAGCCCGUCAAGUACCAACCGGACCUGCCGUACAUACGUCACGUGCCCUUGUGGAGAAUCCACAUGUUCACCAUCAUCCAAAUCCUGUGCCUUGUUAUACUGUGGGUCGUGAAGACCAUUAAAGCUAUCUCCAUCGGUUUCCCUCUCUUAGUGCUGGCGACGGGCGUUGUUCGCAAAUUGAUGGAAUGUGUCUACACACAGAACGAGCUACGUUAUAUCGACGAUCUGCUUCCCGGUGUCAAAGACAAAGGAAAGGAUAAGGAAAAACACUCCGUGCCAUAUAAAUCUUUCGACGGCAAUGGGAGCUCCACAAAAAACGGCGUGAAAAAUGCAGACUCUUUAUCGAAACCGUCAUUCUUUCUUUCCGAAGAAUGUGAACUCAACAAACGACCAGGUACCAAUUCAAAAAACACCAAACUCUAA